AUGAAGCUCUCCACAGUCCUCGUGCUCGCCACGAGUACCCUCGCCCUCGCCGUCAAGAAGACGAAAAAACUCAAGAAUGAAGAUCCAAACACCUACUUCAACUCGGUCAAGGUCCCUCCCAUGCUCGAGUUGACACCCGACAACUUCGACAAGGAGAUCAAUGCGACCAAGCUCGUUGUCGUCAAGCAUUACAGUCCCUACUGCCCGCACUGCAUCGACUAUGCCCCGACCUACCAAACGCUCUACGAGUACUACUACACCUCCAAGCCCGUCACCCCCGAAGAUGUCUCCUUCAUGGAGUUCUACGACAUUCGAUUCGCCACCAUCAACUGCGUUGCCUUUUUCGACCUCUGUGCCUCCCUCAAGGUUCAGUCUUACCCGAGCACCAUUCUGUACAAAGACGGCCAAGCUGCCGAGAUUGUCAAGGGCGUCAAGGGGCUCGACGUCCUGACCACGGCUUUUGAGCCCUUCCUCGAGGCCGCCAAGCCCGGAACCCGUCCCAAGGAGCUCAACCUGCCCAAAACCGGCGACAAGCAGACGCCCGACUUCAGCCCCGCCGCCGCCAUCACCUCUGACACCAAGACCGACGCCGCUGGCGGGGCCAAGACUGAUGACCUUCCCAAGGCGGCCCCUGAGGAGGGCAAGGACAAGAGCAGUGCGACGCCCGACAAGACGACUCCUGAGAAAACUGUCCCGAGCCCUAAGAAGACGAUUCCCGAAGCGCCUCCCAAACCCACCGAAACAUUCAACCCUGAUGGCGUGUCGGUGGCCCUGACGGCUGAGAAGUACGAGACCCUCGUUACAGGGUCCAAGCAGCCAUGGUUCAUCAAGUUCUACGCCCCUUGGUGCCACCACUGCCAGGCCCUCGCGCCCACCUGGGCCCAGCUCGGCAAGGAGAUGAAGGACAAGCUCAACAUUGGCGAGGUCAACUGCGACGUCGAGGCCAAGCUCUGCAAGCAAGUCGGCGUCCGCGCCUUUCCCACGCUUCUCUUCAUCAAAGGCACGGAGCGCGCCGAAUACGAGGGUCUUCGUGGCCUCGGUGAUCUCAAGUCGUACGGCGAGGGUGCCGCGGCUGCGGCCGUCGGAGGAGGUCGUUUUUGUCUACUUCUACGAAAAGCGACGACGAGCGAGGACUUUGCCUCGCUCGAGAAAAUGCCCGUCAACCUUGUCGGCCGCGCCCGCAUCGUCAAGACCCAGGACCCCAAGAUCGCCGAGCGCUACAAGAUUACCACCUUCCCGCGCCUUCUUGUCUCGCGCAGUGGCCGCCCGACAUAUUACAACCCGCUGACGCCUCGUGAGAUGCGUGACGUCGAGGGCAUCCUCGCCUGGAUGCGCUCCGUCUGGCUGCCCAUGGUCCCCGAGCUGGUGGCCACCAACUCGCGCGAGAUCAUGGAUGGCAAGAUUGUCGUUCUCGCCAUCAUCAACCGCAACGACGCCGAGACGCUGACGGACGCCAAACGCGAGCUCAACAAGGCCGCCAACGACUGGAUGGACAAGCAGAUUGUUCUCUUCCAGAAGGAGCGCCAGGAACUCCGCGACGCCAAGCAGCUCAAGAUCGACGAGGCCGAGGACCGCGGCGACGAGCGCGCCAAGGACAACGCCAAGCUUAUCCGCGUCGACAUGUCCAAGAGCCCCCGUAAGGAGGUUGCUUUUGCCUGGAUCGACGGCGUCUUUUGGCAGCGGUGGAUCAAGACGACAUACGGCAUCGACGUGAGCACCGGUGGCAACCGAGUCAUCAUCAAUGACGAGGACCGCCAUCGCUACUGGGAUGUGACCGACACCAACACCAACAUUCUCCUUUCCCACACAUCCAUCCUCGACAUGCUUCCCAAGGUGACGGCCUCGCCGCCCGAGAUCCGCGCCAAGACGACCCUCUCCUUCAUCUCCAAGCUCUUCUUCGAUUUCCGCAUGUCGUUUGUCGACCACCCCUUCCUGUCCGUUGGCGCUGUCCUCGCCGUCAUGUUCGCCGGCGCCGGAUGGGUGCGCAACCGCAUGCGCCGUCACCGCGGCGGUCACUUUGUGCGUCUGGACGACAGCUGGAGCACCAAGGAGCUCAUGAAGGAGGGUCUCAUCGGUGGGGGGCCCAGCGGCAACGGAAAGGUCGACUAA